UCUGUUCGGUAUAGUUUUAGUGUGUUUCAUAGUUUAUUAAAACUACAUUUGCGACCAAAAUAAACAAUUAGGUAUCUGAUUCUUAGCUAAUCUUAAAGUUAUCUCACUAACAUUAAACUGCGAGUUUAGACAAGCACUGGCGCGCAGUUAGCCAACUAAAUUAGUUAAGUGUAGAUAAGUUAUUAAAGCAUGGAGGUUUCCGCAUCUGCUCUAAACCAUGUGAACGAUUUCUGGUCCAUGCUGGAUGAAAUGGCACAAAAUAAUCCUGAUGAGUACAAUAAUUUUAUCGCACGACAGAUGCGAGACGGUGCGGAAUAUUUUUCACCACCUGAGCCUUACACCUGUCUCCGCGUAUCUGUACAGAAGCCACAACUUGGGAUGCUGUACGUAAACGUGUGCAGCUGGAAGCGAGUCCCUGCUCCGGCCUCUCCUACUCAGCCUGUUCCCGUGUGUGGUGGAAAAUUGGAGAGCAUUUCUCAAGGUCAAGAGAUUUACAAUAUAGUGGAUGUGGCCUUCAACCCAGAGGUUCUUCACAGAGCAGAGAAAAACUCACAAGAAAAGGAGCAGAUACACCUCCUGGCUCUAAACUUUAUCCAAAAGCAGCAUAAGCUGCACCUGUCACAACACUACACUGUCAUGAAGGCCAAACUAAAGGGCAUUCUACAGGAUAUGAAACACCGGCUAAUGUCACUUCAUCGGCCACUAAGCCAGGAUAAUUCUCAAUUUCAAUUUAAACCAGCCCAGUCGUUGCUUCAGCAGAUCAGCUCACUGCGAAUAGAAGAAGAGGAGUCCUGCAUUCAGCUAAAUGAGGGACAAAAAGACAAAGAAAAGGUCAGGCCAGGACUGAUAGAGGUGAUCUCCAGCACAGAGAUUGUUCCGCCUCAGCAGCCAAAACAUCAGAUGACAGUGUGCUCACUGAGCAGUGACUCAGUCAAGAAGAUAAAGCUGUGUGUAGAACUGCCUGAAAUAAGCUCUGUCUCCCAGUGCCAGCUCAGCAUCAGCCAGGAUGACAUAAUGCUGGAAGUGGAACAGUUGUAUUUUCUUCAUCUUUGGUUUCCUGAGCGAGUGAAAGAGGACACGUGCCAUGCAACAUUCAACAAGAAGAAACAUAUCCUCACUGUUACAGUAACUGUACUGUAAAUUCAAUGAGUAGGUUUCCUGAAAAUCAUAAUCUACUGCUUACACUCCUUUUUCUCCUUUUUGAUUAAAUCAAACAUCUACUGUAUGCUAUGGUAUAUCAGUGUCUUUAUCCUUAUAGUGAUAUUCAUGACAUUAAAUUAACUGAAUAAAUUUUUCAAAUUGACAGGUUUGCAGACAAUAAAAUUUAAGGAGUUGAUAAACUCAUGAUGUACAGGAAAUGCAUCUUUAUUAACACAGUGGACAAACAUUCGAUUUAACAUGAAUAAAACCACUAGACCAACAUGCACACUAUACAGAAAUUAUUUUCAACAGCACAUUGUGUAUUAAAAUGAUACUUUUUAA